CUGAGCACGCGUGACCUUGACCUGCCCUCAUGAAGUACGACGACCUAGUGGAGGAGCUGGGAGAGUUUGGUCCUUACCAGAGGCGGAUCUUCUUCCUGUCAUGUCUGCCGGCCGUCGUGGCGGGGAUCCAGAACUUCAUCACCGUCUUCAUCCUGGCAGUGCCAGAUCACAGAUGUGCGAUCCCAAGCAUGGAGAACGACACCUACGCUAUACAGAACGCCGCGCACCGCUUUUUGCUCAACGAAACACUGGGGAUAGAUGCAUUUGAUGGAGCCAGCAAUGGGUGGGGAUCUGGGGAGUGUAGGGUACAUGUUGGAAGUACAGAAUUGAAUUCAACUCACCACUCAGCCAAUACAACAGAGGAGUGUCAUCGAUGGGUGUAUGACAAGUCUGUGUUUCAUUCUACUUUUGUCACCCAGGAAAAUCUAGUGUGUAGCGACAGGAGUCUAAGAUCGCACGCCAACAUGAUCUACAUGGGGGGAGUGCUGGUCGGUUCACCAGUGUCCGGCAUUCUUGCCGACAAAUACGGACGGAAGCCUUUGAUAUUUCUGUCUUUGUUCAUCAACACGUUAGCAGCCGUCGCCACCGCCUUCUGCCCCAACUUCGUCUGUUUCGGUGUACUUCGGUUCUUCACUGGGAUCAGUGAUAUAGGGCUAUUUAUAUGUGCUUUUGUUUUAGCCAUGGAGCUUGUUGGCCGACGCUACAGGACCCAAUGUGGGGUGGUCAUCUCCUACUUCUUCUGCCUGGGUCAGUUGGUGCUAGGCGCUGCAGCCUACUUCAUCCGUGACUGGAUGAUCCUGGAGUUGGUGCUGUCCUGCUGUUCGGUGUUGCUGUUUCCUCUAUGGUGGAUGUUUCCCGAGUCGCCCCGAUGGUUGAUCAGCAAAGGGAGGAUAACCGAGGCCCGAGUUAUCCUCGAGAAAAUUGCUCAGGUCAAUCAGACCAAGUUACCGGAAGAUAUCGGAGACGUCCGGGACGUGCCGAAACAGCAGGGGCGACUACUGGACAUGUGCUCACAUUCGGUGUUGGUACUGAGGGCCAUUGUCAUCUCUAUCAAUUGGGCAGUGGUCACGCUACUCUACUACGGCAUCACGCUGAACGUCGGCUCCUUGGGGGGCGACAUCUACCUCAACUUCGCCGUCUCCACGGGGGUGGAGGCCCUGGGGUACGCCGCCGCCAGCUUCGCCCUACCCCGGUGGGGCCGCAAGCGCUUCUACUGCUUCUCAAUUAUUGUGGGUAGCCUCGCCUGUCUCAGUUUCGUCGUCCCAGUUUUUCUGGAGGUCAAAGACGAGUGGAUCAGCCUUCUCCUGUCUAAUAUCGGCAAAUUGGGGGCCUCUGGGAGCUACACAACCAUCUUCGUCUUCUCGGCAGAGUUAUUCCCCACGCCUAUAAGAAACAGCGUCAUGGGAACAAGCUCCAUGAUUGGCAGGGUCGGCGGGAUGAUCGCCCCUUACAUCGCUGAUUUGGGCGUCCUGGUGGGCGGGUCCUUUGGAUCGAGUCUACCCUUCAUCGUGUUUGGCGCCAGCGGCCUUUUGUCUGGCGUUCUCGCCCUGACGCUGCCGGAGACGUUGAACCAGACGCUGCCGGAGACCAUACAGGAGGCGUUAGACUUUGGCGGUAUAAAGAUGGACAAAGAGAACGACCGAGAGAAAGACCCGUUGAACGACCCAGAGAAAGAACCGUUGAACUUCACAGAAAAGGAUCCAUCUACGAGAUACGAAUCCAUGACGAAAGUGGAGAGUAAAUAUACCAUUCUACCUAAGGAUCGUACAUAA